AUGUCGGACCAAAUCCCCAUCGAGAAGCAACAGAACUAUCCAGAACACCAAUUUCAAGCUCAGGAUGCGCCACAGCUUCAGCCUCAACACGCAGCACAGUACGUGUCCCAACCUUUAUCACAGUUUCAACAUCAACCCACACAACAACAACUGCAGCAACAGCAACAACCUCAGCAAGAAGGACCUACUGUAGAGCAAUUGGAGCAAGAGAAAAGACGAUUAGAAGAACUUGACGCUGUUCUUGAUGCACAAGACCGCAACACCUACACCCACCCAGAUCUCUUAGAUCAAAACAGCUCUGCUGGAUCAUCGAGUGUCCCAUCAGCUGCGCAAUUGGAUGCUGAAAGACGAGAAUCAGACGCUAGAUCCGUCUAUAUUGGUAAUGUUGAUUAUCCUACCACGCCAUUGGAGUUGCAACAACACUUUUCACCUGCAGGUAUAGUAAACAGAGUAACCAUCAUGACUAAUAAAGUUACUGGACAACCUAAAGGGUUUGCAUAUUUGGAGUUUAGUGAUGUUGAUGGUAUGAAUAAAGCUGUGGCGACCUUAGAUGGAUCAAUCUUUAGGGAUAGACCUUUGAAAGUGUUUCCCAAAAGAACCAACAUACCGGGAAUCCAUGUGAGUAAAAGUGCCUUGAGAGGCCGUGGGCGCGGUGGAUUUAGAGGCAGAGGAGGAUCCAGAGGAAGAGCCGGGUUUAGAGGAAGAGGUCGUGGAGGCCCCCGGUUUAACCCAUAUUAG